AUGUAUUUGAUAUCCAAAUCAAGAUGGCAUUACUUCUUAUUAAGGAGCUUCACUGCUCAAAAGUUCAGGCAAUUGUCGUGCCUUCCUAACUCAAAUUUGUCAUCCGCUUCUCGGCUGCAAGAGCUAUGCACGAUUGUUUCGAGGACCAUUGGUGGUCUCGAUGAUUUGGAGUCAAGUCUGAGUGAUUUCAGAGGCUCUUUGACGUCGUCGCUUGUGACCCAAGUCAUCGAUUCUUGCAAAACCGAAGCGCCCACUCGGAGAUUGCUCAGGUUCUUCUUGUGGUCCCACAAGAACUUGAAGUGUGAUUUGGAGGACAAGGAUUAUAACCACGCGAUACGGGUGUUUGCAGGGAAGAAGGAUCACACUGCACUAGAGAUAUUGGUUUCGGAUCUUAAGAAGGGGGGCCGGGCGUUGGAGAGCCAGACAUAUGCUAUUGUAGCCGAGACGUUAGUUAAGUUGGGGAGAGAAGAUGAGGCAUUGGGUAUUUUCAAGAACUCGGACAAGUACAAAUGCCCGCAAAAUAGUUUCACAGUCACGGCCGUUGUCAACGCUCUUUGUGCCCAAGGACACGCGAAGAGAGCUGAAGGGGUUGUUGGGCACCACAAGGAUAGGAUUUCCGGUAUGGAGCGUUGCAUUUAUAGGAGUCUUCUUUAUGGGUGGUCCGAGCAGGAGAAUGUGAAGGAAGCACGGAGAAUUAUCAAAGAGAUGAAGUCAGCUGGGAUAAAUCCGGAUUUGUUCUGCUACAACACAUUUCUCAGGUGUCUGUGUGAAAGAAACCUUAAACGCAAUCCUUCAGGUCUUGUGCCUGAGGCUUUGAAUGUGAUGAUGGAAAUGAGGUCCUACAUGAUCACACCGAACUCGAUCAGUUACAAUAUAUUGCUAUCUUGUCUGGGAAGGGCAAGAAGAGUUAAGGAAGCUUGUCAAAUUCUCGAGAGAAUGAAGCAAGCGGGUUGUUCUCCAGAUUGGAUGAGUUAUUAUCUAGUUAUAAGAGUUUUGUAUUUGACCAUGAGGUUUGGCAAAGGAAAUAAGCUAGUGGAUGAGAUGAUAGGAGAAGGGUUGGUCCCAAAUUGUAAGUUCUACUAUGAUUUGAUUGGUGUUCUUUGUGGAGUUGAGAGACCAUAUUAUGCUCUUGAGUUAUUUGAGCAUAUGAAGAAAAGAUCAUUGGGUGGUUAUGGACCAGUUUACGAUGUGCUCAUACCAAAGCUUUGUAGAGGAGGGGACUUUGAAAAGGGUAGAGAGCUUUGGAUUGAGGCCAUGAAUAUGGGCGUUGAUUUUUGCUGCUCGAGCGAUGUUUUAGACCCAUCAAUCACCAAGGUUUUCAAGCCAACUAGGAAAGAGGAAGAGAAAAUAAGCCAGGAGGAAUCCACCUCAUCCGAAAAUAAAAACAAGAAGAAGAUCAAUAGCGGUACAAAGAAAGUAGGAUUCACCUAUGACAAAGACAAUAACAAGGAGAAGAAGAUUACUAUGAAUAAAAAGAAUGUGCGAAAAUCAUACAAGAAAAAGAACAAGAAGAAGCUGAUUGCUAGCAAGAAAAAGAAUAAGUCCGGUGCGGCUUAA